AUGAAGCUCCUUGCCGCCUUCUCUAUAUACUCCCUCCUUGGGUUAUGCAUCGCCCUGCCGCCUACCACCGAUGGGGCCUCUCUCAUGGAACGAGAUCCCACCUUGAGGGCGGCCUCAAGAGACUGCGGUACAUUCAAGUUCAAGUGCAAUAAGGCUGCUGGAGCAUGCAAUAACGCAUGUUAUUUCAUAAAUUGUGUCAACAAAGGCAACAAAAAGUUCACAUUUGGGAACAGCCCAGUUGAUAACCGAGUACAUUCUGGCUGCACAACCAGCAUCAGCUCUACGAUUUGCAAGCUUGCGCCUUUAGGUCAGAGGAUGUGGGACAGGCAAUCCAAUGACAUCGCCCCCAAGCCACUUCAGUGCGACGAAUUCCCUAUGAAUGCUUUCAAGCAGGCUGAAUUCAAAGAAGGGACUGUAAGAAAUAGCUUGCGGUGUAUUAAUGGGGGGGAAAACGGAAGUGGUGGCUCCCAGUUUAAACAAUUCGUCCGAGCCCAGGGGGACUGGAAAAAGGGCGGAGCCCUCGCUGGCGAUAGGAAAUGCGACGGGGAGAUGAAAGAUGGCGACACAUUCGAGGUAGACUGGAUUAUCGACGGUAAAGAUGGAGUCGACGACCAGGACAAAUUCGUCCCCUACUGCAAGCCGAAACCUAACUGCGCAAAUGACGGCUUUCAAUUCCACAUGUCCAAGCUCCAGAUCCCCAAAGAUAAGAAGACUGGGCAGAUGAGCCAGCCGUACAACUACAUUACGGAUAACCACUACGCAGUUACCAGCAAGUCCGAUAUGAUGCAAUACCGCGUAAAGAUCUCCCGCAAAGGCGACGAAAACUUUGAAACCGAAGUCUUCCAAGUCAAUGGCAAAGAUGAAGUCUCCAAGGGCAAGAAAACAGGCACCAUGAAGUCUAAUACGGAUAGUCUAGAGAUCAAGGGCCUCCCGAGGAGCCUCUAUGUCUUCCGUACGGGCAAUAUUGGGACCAAGCUCGACUUCUCUUACACCAAAUCCGGAACGACCUUCUGGAAUAUCGAUUUCCCUGGCGGUGACGUUGGUUGGUCAACGGAUGAUAAGGGCGUUGCGGGCGCAUGGUGCACGAUGGGCGAUGUCAAAACUGCGAAGAAUGUCCCUGCCGAACAGCAGAUCCAGUGCGAUUUUCCGGGUCUGAAGGAUGCGUAG